AUGUCAGCCAACCCCGACGAUGGAAACGCGACCGAGGUGCGCGAGACCAUCGAAGCGAAACCGCCGACGACAGCCACAACAACCUCCGAAGAUGUCGAGAUGAAGGAUCGCGAGGAGGAUGACGGUGAGGCCGAUGCCGAAGGAGAAGAGGAUGACGAUGUUGAUGCCGAGGGCGAGGAGGAUGACACGAAUCGCGAUAGUACACAACCUGGCAAAGGGUCCAGGGAGUUGCUGCAGACGAUUCAAGACCUCUCGACGUUCUUGUGCACUUAUAAAGAUGAGGGCGAGGAGGAUGAAUUGGCCAUGGGCUUCCAGCGCAUCCCGAACCGGCGAACGCUUCCCCACUACUUUGACAUCAUCUCGAAUCCGAUAGCUUUUAGCACAAUUAGGCAAAAAACUAUUCGCAAACAAUACACAGCCUUCUCCGAGUUCGUGCGCGACGUCGCGCAGAUUUGCCACAAUGCGCAGGUCUUCAAUCGGCCGUCUGCUGGAAUUUUCGGCGCCGCGGUGAGGUUGCGAGAGGUAUUCCAGGAAGAGCUCCACAAAUUGGUGGAGAAGGGUGUCAUCACCCAGGCCGAAGCCGAGCUGCCUGACUUGGGGGAAAUUCCUUCGGCCGACGAGUCCCCGCCGCCCGAGGAGGAGGAGGAAGAAGAAGAGGAAGAUGAAGACGAGGAGGAUGACGAUGACGAUGACGAUGAGGGCGGUCGUCGCCGUGGAGGACGAAGGCGACAGUCGAGACGACAGGGAUCUGCCGGCGAGGGUAAGAAACGACGUGGACGACCGCCUCGAGUUCUGACUCCGAUGGAGGCUCGGAUCCAGUCGGUUAUCAAGGGCCUGCGGAAACCAAGGGAUGAGGACGGAGAGCUAUUGAUUCUCCCGUUCGAAAAGCUGCCAGAUCGACAGGCGCUGCCAGACUAUUACGAAGUCAUCGCUCAUCCCAUGGCCCUGGAUAACAUUAAGAAGAAGGCUAAGCGUAAGAAGUACCGCGAUGUCGACCACUUACUGAACGACAUCAAUUUGAUGUUUGAAAAUGCCAAGCUCUAUAAUGAGGAUGGAAGUCCGCUAUUCGAGGCGGCCGUGGAGUUGCAGAAGUUCGCACGGGAGCUCGUGGUGCAGGAAAAAGAGAAGCCCGAUGACAGCUUCCGAGACGACGAAGGCAAACGACCCUUGACCGAAAUUCAGUUCAGAGGUGAAACCUGGAGAGUCGGCGACUGGGUGCAUAUCCGGAACCCAAAUGACCCGAGAAAGCCCAUUGUGGCUCAAGUCUACCGAACGUGGCAGGAUCCUUCGGGUCAGAGUUGGAUCAAUGCCUGUUGGUACUACCGACCUGAGCAGACCGUCCAUCGUGUGGAGAAGCAUUUCUACGAGCACGAAGUCGUCAAAACCGGUCAGUAUCGCGAUCAUCGCGCCGAGGAAAUUGUCGAUCGCUGCUUCGUCAUGUUUGUGACUCGGUUCCCCAAGGGACGACCGCAAGGUUUCCCCCCGGGCAAAGCGAUCUAUGUCUGCGAGUCGCGAUAUAACGAGGAGCGAUACACGUUCAACAAGAUCAAAACGUGGGCGAGCUGCUUGCCCGACGAGGUCCGAGAAAAGGACUAUGUAAUGGAUCUCUAUCCAGUCCCGUUGAAGAUGAGGAAAGUUCCGAGCCCGAUCAAGCAUCUGCUGCGUCACGAUGCCAGGCCGACAGACGACUUGCCCAAGCCCACUUGGGGCAAUCCUAAUGCGCCUCCAAUUGUCGGCGCAGUGCACUGUCGGCCACGCGAGGCGAAUGAGUCUCCACCACCCGAACCAUCGCCUCCACCUACGCCAGCACCAGCCAUUGCGGCGGUGCGAAGCAACUCUAUCCCGAGGCCGUCGCCUCACCAAAUCGGGCGAGGCAUUCCACCUGUGGUAGGACACAACCAUCAUCCACCCCCUCCAGGCUACCACCACCCUAUGGGAGCUGCGCCAAUUCCUGCUCAGUCUCCAAUUCAUCACUAUACACCUGGACAUUUCCAACCAUCUACACCACUUCCUGCCACUCCGUCCCCCGUCUUGAGGCAUAAUCAAGUCGCAAGCCCCGUCUCCUUCCAAUAUCAGCAGCAACAACCACCGCCCGUAGCGAUCCGACCUUUGCACCCCGGCCAACACCCGCCGCCGCCGCCGCCGCAAGGUUACCACCCGGGCUAUCAUCAACCCUACGCCGGUACUCCUAUCCAACACCACCCUCCACCAAUGCAGACUCCAGUCGUACCAGCGUACGAGGCUCACCGCGCGCCCAUGCCCGCGCAGCCCAGAGCGCCAAUGGUACCCGCCACCGUACCCGCGCCCGCAGCCCAGGUCCCUGCUCCUGCCGGUACCACCACCCGUCCCCGAGAGGUUUUCACCCUCGCCGACGAACAGAACGCCGCCGUCCCUGAAGACAUCCGCGAUCUUUACCGCAAAGAUGAGCAGGGACGUGUCCUGUUCUGGACCGCCCCUCCAGUCAUCAGGGAGAACGGUGCGCUGACCGCCAAGAGCGCCGCCUUGGGCCACAGUGUCCGCUACCUUUCCGACCUCGACGAAUGGAAGAAGGAAAGGGAAGCCAAGCGCAAGGCGCGAGACGAGAAGCGCGCCGAGGAGGCUAAGAAGCGCAAGGCGGAGGAGGAGGCUGCUGCCGCCGAGGCCAAGGAGAAGGCUCUAGACCAGGCCGCUGAUGUGCUCGCUGGUUACUUCAAGGCUCAUGAGGAGACUACGAAGAAGCUUCGUGAGGAGCAAGGCCUCGAUAAGUGGGAUGAGGUUAUGCGCGAGGUUCACGCUAAAUGA